UAGAAAAGCUGUGAGGAAUCAUUAAUUUUUAUUGGAGGAUUUUCUUCCAGUAACGAACCUCAUCACAAUACAGGCUACUGAUUUUCCCCUGUCUCGUGUUCAUUGUAGAAAAGACAGAGCUAUUUUUAACAUUUACACAGUCUAGAUGGAUGAUUCUUCGUUCUGUGUGGUUUGGAGCUGAAUCUGUAGAGCCUUUCAUAAUUGUAUCUUUCUUUUUUUUUCCUGAUGGUUUGUUUGAAUUUGAUCACUGUAGCUGAUUCCAUGCAUUGAUAAUGAAAGCUUGGGUUGCCUGUUUCUCAGCAUAAAUUCACCUCAGACUUCUACUUUGACAGUGCUCUGUGUUUCGGUACGCAUGAAGAUACAGAACUGAAAUUGCUUUGCUUUCUUUACAAAUGACUCAGAGUGUGCUUGUCCUUCCUUAAAAUGUUGCCAGCGUGUGAAGGAUUUUCAAUGAGCAAUGCAAUAAGCCGGCAUCUGGGAAGGUUUGAGGCUGCACUGGUAUAACAGUGUACUGUCACACAGUUGAUCAGGGCUGGAGCCAAGUCUCUGUAGCAGCGUAGAUCAUAUUGGUCACAUACUGGAAGUUUUGUUUAUGUAACUUGAUUGCUGUUUAAGCUGCUUAAAUAGUAUUGCCAUAAUGUGGAGUGGACUUCCCAGUAGAGCAAGCUGUGCAUUACCCAGGCUUCAUUGGGAUUUUAUAUAUAUUAAGCAAGGCCUUUCAGCAGUGCAUUCCCACCAGAUGCAAGAAAUGGUGCUAUAGUCAAAACCAGAACACUGACACUUUACAAAGCAAACUGCACUACUACAAUUCCUACCCUUGUGCGUACACCUACCUUGAUGAUGCAGCCUCCCCUGGAUAUCAAACCCUUUAUGUCCUUCCCUGUGGACAGCAGCUCUGCUGUUGGAUUCUUCCCAAAUUUUAACACAAUGGAUCCUGUGCAAAAAGCAGUCAUAAACCAUACAUUUGGUGUGUCCAUUCCCCCCAAGAAGAAACAAGUAAUUUCCUGUAAUGUUUGCCAGCUUCGCUUUAACUCGGAUAGCCAGGCCGAGGCCCACUACAAAGGAAGUAAACAUGCCAAGAAGGUCAAAGCACUAGAGGCAACGAAAAAUAAACCCAAAGUUGGUUCUCCCAAGGACAGCGCAAAGGCUAACACAAGCUGCUCUACCACGCAAGUCACAGCCAACAUCUCUGACAAAUCAGAAGAUACAGGGAAAGCAAAACCCAACAGCGCAAUUCAGCAGUCUGGUACAGAAACGGGUCCCUUUCUUCCCAAACCUGGAGCGGCAGCAGUAGCACCUGUAACACCUGCAUCAUCUUCCAAGAGCACGAAUGGAGCUGCUAACACAGUUUCUGAGUCUGAAGAGGAAAAAGCCAAAAAACUACUUUACUGUUCAUUAUGCAAAGUGGCUGUGAAUUCCCUGUCACAACUAGAAGCCCACAAUACAGGGUCCAAGCACAAGACUAUGGUUGAGGCUCGGAAUGGUGCUGGUCCCAUCAAGUCUUACCCUCGACCUGGAUCCCGUCUGAAGGUGCAGAAUGGCAGUAAAGGCUCAGGACUGCAGAACAAGACAUUUCAUUGUGAAAUCUGUGAUGUCCAUGUCAAUUCAGAAAUUCAGCUUAAACAGCAUAUUUCCAGCCGAAGGCAUAAGGACAGAGUUGCAGGAAAGCCCAUGAAACCUAAAUAUAGUCCCUACAACAAACUGCAGCGCAGCCCAAGUAUUUUAGCAGCAAAACUUGCAUUCCAGAAGGACAUGAUUAAGCCGCUGGCUCCCGCUUUCCUUUCAUCUCCUCUUGCUGCGGCUGCAGCUGUAUCAUCAGCUCUGUCCCUUCCUCCGCGUCCCUCUGCCUCCUUGUUCCAGGCACCUGCAAUACCACCAGCUCUUCUCAGGCCAGGCCAUGGUCCCAUCCGGGCAACACCUGCCUCCAUACUUUUUGCACCAUACUAAUUUAUUGAUGUGAAGAAGAGAUAACAUGGCCAGUAGGAAGAGUAAAAGACAGACAGGAAAGGGGUUGAGAUUUUAAAAUGUCUUUCUCUUUUGAAAUGCCAUCCUGCGUGACACCUCAACCAACCACACCAUAAAACUCAUCACUGGCGGUACUGCGUUUUGGAGUCUUGACAACUCUCUCAGUCUCUCUCUCUCUCUUGUUUUAAUCAUGAUAGAGUGAUUUGCUAAAAGCUUCAUUGCUCAUAACAUUUAUACCAUUAAAGUUUCAUGCAUUUAUUAAUAUUUUUUUCAAUGUGUAUGAUGCACCUUGGAAUCAAGGAACAUAAAAUAUUUUCCUGACAGACUUGAAAACUAGGGUCUUCCUAACUCCCACUUAUGUAAAUACUUCUCUGAAAACCAAUGGAGUAUAACCUAAUGUGGAAAGAAAGGUAGAUGAACCAAAUGCCUGAUUGUGGAUAACAUCUCAAAAAUGCAUUGCAUCCUUUGUUUGUUUCGGGUUUUUGUUUUCCCCAGUGUGCUCUUGUUGACAGGGAUUGUGUACUGUCCUAGGUCCCAGUACUGGUGUAUCUUGUGUAGUACUAAAGAUGUAUCACAUGUCUGAUUUUAAUAUUUUUAGUUUCUGUGCAAAUGUUUGAAAGCAAUGCAGUGCUGAAGCUUUUGAUUAUUUCUUUUGUGUCACACUUUAUUUAGAGAAAUUAAAAUAGAAAGCCAUAUACCAUAUAGUUAAGGUUACUACUUGUUUGCUACUUUGAUUUAACUUAUUUUUGUUGUUGCCUCACUGGUGUUGCUAAGCAAUGUUUAAAGAUAAAAAAAGCUUUUCAAUUGCACAUUACCACAGCUCACAUGCAUUGUUCAAGAAGAGAAUGGAUCCAUGUAUUUCUACGUAAAUAUCUUUUUCUUCAUUUAUAACUAGUUUUCUUUGUAACGAUGCUGCAUAAUGUUGUGGCUCCCUAAUGCAAUAAUGUACAGAACAUAAAAUAUUUAUAAUUGACUGUAUUCUCUGUUUACUGAAUAUAUUGCAGUAAUGUCCCACCUAUCUUCUUACUUUCCCAACCCUUUUAUAAAGGUGAUAUCAAUAUGCAGUACUCAUACUGAAGUCAUUAUGUGAUAUUGGGGACAACAGGUGGAAGAAAGGAAAAAAAAAAAUAGAAUUAACUUUUACAGCAUCUUUAUCUGCAAUCCAUAAUAGUAAAAUGUCUGUGUAUUUUUUUAAAUGUACCUUUUCAAUAAAAUGAUAAGAAAAAUA